GGGAGAACAGCAGAGAGGUAGGGACGUCUUAUUUUACAGAUCUGGGCAGAUACUUAUUGUUUUUUACCCUAAAAAACAUCUAACCUCUUUAAUUAUCUGCAAUGGCUUUUAUAGCAUUUAAACAAACACAUGUCUAUGAAAAGCAAGCUGCCCCAAAAGAUAAGGACAGAUCUGGUAUCCAGUGCCUCGAGUGCUAUGACCGAAAUGUGUAUAUAGGGACCAAAGACGCAACAGUCCUGCAUCUCAUCCUUCCCAGUGGCACAAAUGAAGACCUGAGUGCUGGCCAGAGCAAAACCAGAGAAGGUAGGGCAAGAAAACUGGGCUCAAGCAACCAAGUAACCCAACUGAGGGCAGUCCCACUUUUCAACCAUCUGCUGGUCCUGUGGGACCGGAGCGUUACUGCCCUCAACAUGUUCUCCUUAGAGCCCGUUCCAGCCCUGAAGAAGAUCCAGCAUGUGUCUUUGUUUGAGGUGUGCGACUCGCUGCUCAUGGCCCAGACGGCAUGCGUGCAUAUGGUGACUUCCUCCAGUCGCAGGAAAAUGAUCCGGAUCCACGUGGUGGGAGUGGACAGGUGGGAGGUUGUAAAGGAAGUCCCUCUGCUCCAGGACCCUGUGGCCUUGGCGGUAGACGGUGCCAGCCUGUGUGUCGCUACCAGCGACAGGUAUCUCCUCUGUGAUAUUCAGACUGGGAGCAGUGAGGAGCUUUUUCCUCACAAUCACAGCAGGCAGCGUGUCAUUGUUAGCUCAGUGGGACGAGGGGAAUUCCUCCUGAACGGGCCUGAAUCGUUAGGCAUGUUUAUGAUGAAAACGGGGAUAUGCCAGCGCCCUCCCCUGCAGUGGCCUCAGGAGGUGAUGGCAGCCGGAGUCUGUUUCCCUUACAUCCUAACCCUGCAGCCCCAAGUGCUGUCUGUCUACAGCAUGGUAGAUCAGCAGCACAAACAGACUGUGAGUCUCAGCGGAGCCAAGGGUCUGCUCUCCACGUCAGAUGGUGUGUUAGUGUUCACAGAGAGAGACAUUUUCAGCCUGCGCCUGGUGCCAUAUGAAGAGCAGAUCCAGGCACUUGUGAGGCAUGAGAGGGUCGAGGAGGCCUUGUUGCUGCUGGAUGGAGUUCAAGGCCGUCAUCCACUUGCCUCAUACAAGGAACUGCAAAAGGCCAUCACUUGCCUGGCUGGAUUUUCUCAUUUUUACCAGCAGGGUUUUUACGAGGCCAGAGAUCUAUUCAUUAAAGGUGAGCUGGACCCCAGAGAAAUCAUCCGUCUCUACCCUGACAUGCAGCCGUAUCUCAGCGAGGACUUUCAGUCUCAGCUUGAUCAAGUGAACAAGGGCAGGGAUCUCCAGGUGCGCUGGCAAGAGGACAGAAACACAUUUCAUCAUUACCUGGGCUUCCUCAGAGAUUUUCUCAGAGCAGUCAGAGGGAUGGAGCAAGGCCUGAAGUGCAUUAAAGAGGUGGACUGCGCCCUCCUGAGGCUGUAUGUAGAACUUGGAGACACUGAAAAUCUGCAGCAGCUUGUGUCAUUUCCCAAUGAGUGCAGGCUGGACCACUGUGUUCCUGUUUUGGAGCAACACAACAGAUUUUUCGCAUUAGGUUCCCUCUAUCAAAGCCAUGGGAGUGAAACUGAUGCAAUUAAGACUUGGGUGAAAAUUGCAGAUGGCGUCCACAAAGACCCCUCUUGCUCAGAUGUAUAUGGACACAUAGUGCGGACUCUCAGUCAACUGCAAGACAGAGAUGCUGUGUGGGAAUUUGCAGACUGGACUCUGCAAAGAAACCAAGAGGUAGGUGUGCAGAUUUUCAGCAGGCGUCCACCAGAUGAUCGAAUUGAGACCCAAGAUGUCCUUGCUCUCUUGGAGACAUACCCACUGGCAUUGCUUUUAUAUCUUGAGUUCUUAAUCCAUGAUUUGAACAGUGAGGAGGAGAGACAUCACAACCGUCUGGCCCUGGCAUAUGUUACUCAGAUGCUACAAGAGGAAGAGGAAGCCAAUUUGAGGAAGACCAGAGGGAAGCUGCAGCAUCAGCUAUGGGAAUCCAAGUUCUAUGACGUCUCCACUCUGUAUGAGAGAGUAAAGUCAACAAACCUGCACAUAGAGAAAGCCAUUCUCCUCUGCAGGACCGGUGAUCACUCACAAGCACUGCACAUGCUUGUCCACCAGGAGCGAGACCCCCAGGCGGCAGAGGCCUUCUGCUGCAGGGCUGCCCAGGGCCGAGACUCACAGUUCAGGCAGACCCUGCUGCUCACCCUGCUCCAAAUCUACCUGGGCUCCGAGGAUCUCACCGGCGCUGCCGUGGAUCUGCUCAACAACAACCCUCAGGUGUUUGCAGCAGAGAAGGUCAUCCAGCUCCUGCCUGAUCCCUGGUCUGUUCAGCUGGUCUCCCAGUUCUUAGUUGGAUCCCUCAGAGAGACCUUGCACCAGAGGCGAAUGGCAAGGCUGCAAAAGGCGUUGAGCCAGAUGGAGCUAUUGCGGCACAAGGUCAUUUGGAUGCAGGCCUCAAAAACAAAGUUCAGACUGGAGAAGGGGCAGAAGUGUAAGGUUUGUCAGAGAGACCUUGCUGAGCCACAGUUUGCCUGUAGUCUCCACGGUGAGCUGAUGCACACAAGCUGCACUGGCUUCUCAUCAUCAUAAAGACACCGCUAGACCAAUCUAUUGUCUUUUUAUGCAAAUAUGCGCAUCCCUGCGCUCUUGACAAUCAUUCAUUUCCAGCCGGAUAAGUGUCUGCUUCCCACCCGAUAAUUUUUCUAGAUUAGACUGUGUCAUCCACGCAAGCUCUGUACAAGGAUUCAAUUCAUGGACCUUGGACCAGACGCUUUCCUUAAUUAGAAAAAAUUAAAAACAUUGUGUAAAUAACUGGUUUCAAACUGCAGAAAAGCAAGCAGUGCACUUUUUCAGGGCGGUAUGUCUGAGCCAUUUCCUACAGACACUGCAGACAGCAAUAGCUAUAAAGUGAAUUGUGGAGGACACUCGGGGGCAUAUAUUCACUGAUCAGACAGUGGUGUUUUACAUGGAAACCACCUGCGGUCAUCCUGGACCAGAGGGAAUUUGACCAUCGUCCAACGUUGUAUAUAUGUAUCCCCGCCAUCACGGUUUCCACUGACUGUGUAUAUUUGUCUGCAUAGAGCUGGAAAUAGAGAGUCAACAGCGCAGAGGCUGCACGUCAGAGACUUUUUUAUUCAGCUCGUGCAUUAAUAUACAUUUAAGACCAGGAAAAAAAAAACACAAUUACAGGUUUAAAAAUGAAAAGCAAACAGGUCGAGGAAGUGCAGUUUUGGGUCAUUUCUGAUAAUUUUACAAGCCACCAAAAGACAUGUCUGCACUAUGUGUGGAACAUUUUUUUACCAACAUCAUCCCUAUAUCAUUAGGGGCCAUGACAGACAUGUACUGCAAAUAAUAACACACAAACUCCAGUGUCCACAUGUGUAAUAUGGAAAUCUUGUAAAUAAACUUAAACACAUAUCAUUAAGUUAAAUGACACUCCAGAUGAAUUUGUGUAUUUUUGUUGCAAUUUAGUCAUUAAGGCUAACCAUAACUGAGGGUAUUUCUUUAUCCUGAUGCAUUUUGGGACAGGACAUAAGGAGACGCCUAAGUCAGUCUUUGGCCUGGAGUGAGUGACUAAUAGAAAUGUAGAUAUAGUGAAUUAUGAGCAUGUUCGAAGGGAUUAUGUUUUUUGAUGCCCAUGCCAAGAUCUCUUCAGUUUUUCUUUCCUAAUGAGGUUUUUGUUGGAGUUUUUCAUUGUUCUCACUAAGAGUCGAGUUGUGUUCAUGUGAUGUUUCAUGCUGUGAGUGCUAUGAAGCCUUUUCAGAGUGUAACUAGGAUUAAGGGAUACAAAAAUACACUUGACUUAAGGUUUGACUUGAAACUUCUCACUCUGAGAAUUUAAAUUUAACCUCUGACUCAUAUAAAUAAACCCAUUCAUAUCCCUGAAAGCCCAGGAAAGCCACAUUUCUAGCUUGUUCUCUUUUAUGUGGUUGCAGGAAAACUGCCACAUCCACUCCUCCAUAUCGGGUCCUUGUAAUUUUGAUAAUCUAUGCAUUUGAUUUUAAUCUACCGUUCGGUCAUUGUAAGAUCUCCUGGAUAAACUGCUGAGAGGUAUCGGUGCAGAGAAAAUCACAUACCAUCGACUUCUUUCUUGCUUGUUUUGAGAUGUGAAGGAGCCUCUCACAGUUUAUGUGGACUGACUGCGGGCUGCCGCUCUGUGACUGGCUGAGCUUUGGGCCGUGACUGAUGACCAGUGACCACUGGGUGGACCUGAGAUGGGAUUUAUGUCCACUCCUUUCCCUUCUCACGGACAUCCUCUGGGAGUAUUAAGGCUGUUUUGAACACCUGCGGUUAUAGAGGCCAGAAGUAACCAGAAGCUAAAAAUAUACACGCACAAGUACAAGUGCACCUUCUUCUACCUAAAUUAAGGCUUUUGAAGGCCUGUUUGGUGCAUUUAAAGGUUUUUUUAUACUCCUAUGUGAUGCAUGUAGGCACUGAUAUGAGUAGUUCCUGUCCAUGUGAAUGUAAUGCUCUUGCAAACAGUGUAUGAGUAGGCAGGGGCUCUGGAUCUCUGCAGGCUGCUGCAGGCUGCCGGCCAGACGGACAUUUUAAACAUGAGGGGAGUGGACUGGAUGCAAAAAGAGACUGUUUUGGACCAAAGUAUGGUGGGGUAUUCAGACAUUGGUCUCCCAUUAUAAAUAUCCAUGCUGCCACAAACUCAGUAAGAAGGGAAAACAAGAACAGUUUCUUCUUGUGCUUUUCUAAAUUUAAGAAAAAACAUUGGCUGUCUGAACUGUAGGACGUAAUUGUUUAGAUGUUAACACUGGUUUGUUUUCUGUGGAAUAGAAAGAAAGUAUUCGGAUGCAUUUGACUUUUUUGCCUAUAAGUUAUAGAAAAAGGUGAACCCUAAUGUUCUGUUGGGGUCCUGAUGAUCCCUGGCACCGUAACAACUAAACCAAAAACUGAUGACCUGUUGCAGAAAUCUGCUACAGAAAUGAUGCAUUACUUCUGUUCGGCCUGUGAUUGGUGCCCAAAUUCUUUUUUUUAAUUUCUUUUAUUGGAGUGUUUUUAACAGAAGAGAAUUAGACUGUCUGGAGUCUAAUUAACCUUAAAUAAAAUCACCGUGAAGAUUUUUAUAAUGUACAUUUCAUUACAGUCAGAAGAAAAGGAAAAAGAUCUUUUCAAGAAAAUAAAUGCUUCCACAAGAUGUCAGAGCAAAACAGCCAAUUUCAGUAGGAUACAGGGGUUAGAAUGCCUGGUUUUAAUAUCUAAUACCUUCAAGUCAAUUAUUUGUUGAAUAUCAUAAAGUAGAUGAAGUUAAAUAUUCCACACUUUGCCCCAACUUUAAAAAAGCCUAUGAAUCAAAUGUUGCUUCAGGAUUAUGAAAAUUGCUGCAGGUACCUCACACAA